AUGAACAAAUUGCAAAGAUGGAGCAGAGUGCAAUCAAUGGUUCAAUCAUUUUGGAAACGUUGGUCAAACGACUACAUCACAUCACUUCAACAAAGAGGAAAAUGGCACAAGCAAUGUCCUAACAUCAACGUUGGUGACUUAGUCAUAAUCAAAGAAACCAAUAUUCCACCAUCUCACUGGAUGGUUGGCCGAAUCAUUCUCCUUCACCCAGGGACUGAUGGAGUAGUGCGUGUAGCCACAGUCAAGACUGCGCAAACAACACUUAAACGUCCCGUUGUUAAACUUAGUAAAGUUCCUAUUGAUUAA